UAAGAUCGUAAUGUACCGUGCAAAUUAGAUGUUUUAACCACGAGUGCAACUACCAUAUAAAUACUAGACAGAGGCUCUAACUACCAUAAGUCCCUCGCAGUUCUCAGUGAUUACAGUUGACUGCUGACACAAUGAUGAUGAAAUACUUUGUUCUUCUGUGCUUGGCGUCAGUGGCGUUGGCGGAGGAAAAGUACACGGAUAAGUACGAUAACAUCGACCUGGACGAAAUCCUGGACAACAAGCGGCUGCUGCAAGCCUAUGUGAACUGUAUACUUGACAAGGGCAAGUGCACGCCCGAAGGCAAGGAGCUGAAAGACCACCUAGAAGACGCUCUUCAGACGGGCUGCGAAAAAUGCACUGAGGCUCAGAAGAAAGGGACGGCAAAGGUCAUUGAUCACCUCAUCAAAAAGGAGUUGCCGAUCUGGCGCGAACUGACUGCCCGCUUCGACCCCGAAGGGAAAUUCAGGAAGACUUACGAGCAGCGUGCGCGUGAGAACGGCAUCACCAUUCCCGAGGAAUAAACAACACUAUUCGUUUGAGGGCACCCUAGACACGUCUAAAUGGAUAGUUUUAAGUCAGAGCUGGUCCCGAAAUCUGAAUCCUCAGAUGAAACUGAUUGAUUUCCUAGAACAUAGACAAUUAGACUUAAUCUGUUUGACCUCGUGUCUGGGAUAACCUUAGAGCUUUUACAUUUCUUCGACGAUAUUGAUACGUUUGCAUUUGAUGUGAAUAUAAACCUCAGUAGCUGAAUUCAGUACCUAUAAAUAGUCACAUUUCAAAAUAUUACCUAUAUCUAAAAUCAAUUUACUAAUUUUUCUUUUAAAUAUUUUAUGUUUUUUCCAAAAUUCGUUACUCAAUGGACAAUCUAGUCUUCUCAAAGUAUACCUAUUUGCAUAUAUUUAUUUACUUACUAUAAGCACCAUGACUAGGUAUAAAAAUAAAUGCUUUAUUGUAAAACAUUCUUCUUACACCAUACAUACCUAGUAGUUAUUUACCAUGAUUUAAUAAUUUUAUCAAAACUUUUGUAUGAUUUUUAUAAAAAAUAUAUCAGCUGAUAAUAUUU